GUAAACAAAACUUGAAGUGGUGAUUUUAAUGCAUAAAAAUAAACGCAUUUAAAGUGCUUUCUUUUAAUUUUUUACUUGUUACUCUUGUCAAAAUCAGCUGCGAUCUGCCAACGCCACGUGCUCGAAAGAGGGUAUUAUUUUCUGAAGGGGGAAAAAAGUUUGAACGGAUGUUAGUACAAUCGCAGUUCGCAGCAACCAGCUGACGUGACACAUAGUGUACAGUCCCACUUAAAAACAUCUUAGCUGUCUGAAUUCUGAACGAACAGCUCAACUCCGAUUCUUAAUCCAACGGUCCGACCACUGCAUGACAGUGGUGAGCAAUGUGAAGUUAAAGGAACACCUGUUGCCUUUUUCCGAAAAGCAUGACCCAUUUGCUGAAAAAUUUGACUAACAGCAUCUGGCAUGCCUUUCACGCUCUGCAAGUCGACGGAGCUUUCGUCGUCGCAAAGUCAAAAUUAAAGGUUCUGACUGCUAACAUUGGAACUCUAAUGGAUCUCUAUGGAAUCGAAAAAGGACUGGAACAUUAUCGAAGCACUCAAACAUUGACUUUUGAACAAUACGUUUAUUAUCUACAAAAGGAGGUUUUUUCGUCAGUCACGGACACAACGCCUAUUCAAACAUGUCGAAAUUUGGAAGAAGGAAUCGACGAAAUUUGCUGGUUGGUUUGUCGCAAAAUGUACCUGAAUCGAAUUCAUCCAGUUUUCGAAGAUCAUAGCGUUUAUCAAUUAUUCCGGAUAUUUUGCCUCCUAGGCGAAAUGGAAGCCGAUGUCACGGAUUCUUUAUAUUUGGUAACAGCUCACAGUGAUGAAGUGGCUCAAAUUGCAUCCCAAUUCGUAACUUCCUUAGGUUUGAAUUGGGAUCCUUUGGAUUUUUCGGCUCUAGCCGUGGCAAUUGGAACUUUUAGAUUUUCAACGUUCCUCGCAGUCCUGGAAUCAAAAUAUUCUGGAGGAGGAUCUUUAGAUGCUGCCGCGUUAACGGAAGCAAUUGACGAUUUAUAUCAAACUUAUGUUGAAGAUGUGCUUAAAAAAGGCUACUUAAUGAAAAAGGGAUUUUUGCUCCCAACCUUACGGUGCUUUUGGUUUGUCCUGCGUCCUGGAGAACUGACGUACUGCAAAGAUUCUCAACAAAAAGAAGCAUCGGGUAUAAUUACCCUGGACGUGAAUUCCUGGGCGGAUGCUGCAAGCAGUGGAGGAAAGCCAGACAGAAAAUUUAUUCUGAGUACUCCAGAACACAGGUGCAUUGAACUUGUCGCUGAAGAUCAUCGAGGGAGAUUGCAAUGGCUGUCUGCUCUCCAAAUUGCGAUUCAACAUUCGACUGAGAAAAUUGGAUAUCAGAGAACUCUCGCUUAUCAAAGGAGAUCUACUCGCCAGGCUUCAAGACAACAGAGAGAAGAAACGAGACUCGAACUUCAACACGAACGCCAAGCUCGAAUAGCAGCUGAGAUUCAGGCUAGAAAAUUGGAAGCUCUUUCCAAAGAGGAGAAUGCUAAAGUGCAAGAAUUGGAAGACGUUAAAAAAAGGUUGGAGAUUUUACUUCAAGAAGAAAAACAAGCACUAAGGGAUGAAGAAAUAGUAAGAGCUUUGCAAGCUCGAGUACUUCGCGAAGAAUGGGAGAGACGAGAACAAUUAGAAAGACUCCAAAAAGAGCAACAAGAUCUUCUUGAAUCUGAGAAAUUAAAACUAAUCGAGUUCGAGAGAAAGCAACACGAUAACGAGAGACAACUUGAAGAUGCAGAAAUUCGGCUACAACAACUUGAAUCUGAGAAGCAGAGCCUGGAUUCAGAAUUGAAAUCAGCUCGAGAAAAAGCCAGGCUAGCAGAAGAGGCUCAAAUUCUCCUGGAGGCUCAAAUAGUCUCUGUUCGACCUCCAGGAAGUGGAGAAAGAAUCAGACGUACUCAAAGUUUCAUCCCAACAACGAAGGAAAGACCCUUAAUUUUAGAAAAACUCGAAGAACGGGCAAUCACACUUCAAAAAAAUUGUUAAUUUGCACUCAGGCGCACGCAAGACUGCAAAUUAAACAUAAAUGAAGCUCAAGGGCAAUGUUUUAAGAAUUAAUUCCCUAUUUUGAACGGGAAUUAAUUUUAUCCGACAGGGUACAAUUACUUGAAAAGGGUAAAAUUAAUUUUAAUCCAGCCAAAUGCCUUUAUUCGCUGCCAAACUUUGCCAAACAAUUUUUAAUAACAAAAAUGUUAAUAUUAAUUAAAAUGUUUAAGUUCGAAAUUUGGAAAAAUCAAAUUUUGAAGGCUAUAGUUUUCAAAAACCAAGAAUUGGUUUACAUCCAUUAAGCUUUAUAAAUCUAUAUAGAUUUUUGGAACACUUUAAUUUCGGAAAUGACACAUUUUUUAAAAAUCUAAUUUGGAAAUGACCAAAAUUCGUUAAAUUUCUGAUUUAAAAAAUUGAAACUGAAAAUAUUCCAAACUUGAAAAAUAAACAAAGAAUCUUCCGAAAUGAAAAAAGUCCAUGUUUUACGAACCAAAUUGCCAAACUGUUUCAAAAAGUUUUAAUUUUUCUGUACGUAUACUUUUAUUAUUUUAUAUUUGUAUUUCUAUUUUUAAUAUUAUAUUUUUAUUUUUAGUUAAUAACGAUGCUAAUAAUAAUAUAAAUAAGCAUUAAUAAUACGUAAGCUUGACUGUUGUAAAUAUUGACCAAAAUUCUCUCUUUAAGUGAUCCCGUUAGUUUUAAUUUGUGAAUACGAAAACGUAAAUUUAAGGCGUUUUUGAAAUUUUACAAAAGUUGUUAACUUUGAAUGUUAACGAUAUCGAUAUCAAAAAGUACCUUUACAUUUCAUAAAAGGGAAACGAGCUUGUUGAAUUCUAAUUAAUGAAAUUAUGAUUGUUUCCAUUUCUAUGGCGUUUACGCAAUUAAGAAGAGUAAAAGAAUCGAUCAAACAUUGUUGCCAGCCUAAAGUCUGCAUUGAGGAAAUGAAACAGACCUUUUUAGGACAAACUCCAAACAGUUGAGAUUAACCGGACGUGUAAUUUAUAAAAAGGUUAAGAAGAAAUAAAAAAAUAUCAAAAAACAUA